AGAGGGAGGGGGGCGCCGAGGCACAGAUACACAGGAUGUACAGAGAGAGAGAGGGAGACAGAGCAGCCUAGGAAGGGGUAGGAGACGCACAUUGCGGAGUUCAACCGAGGGAAGGCAUGACAUGCGGGCCGUGGAGAGAAUACACUGAUCCUCGCCGCACGAGGAAAAUUGGAAAAACAAGCACCACGCGUCAUUUCUCUUGACUGCAGCGUGAGCGAGUAGUCGCCCCCGUGCUGAUUUUGGUAUAAAAAAAAACGUAUCUUGGACCAACCUAUUUUCCUUUACAUUUUUCUUAAGAAGGUAUUUGGACCGGUUGUGUCGCCAUGCGACCGGCUGCUCGCUCGGGCAGGUACCCAAUCCUGAACACUUUAUCGGCAGUGCUCUUUGCCGGAGUGCUGUGGACAUGCGUCGCGGUAGAAGGGCAAGGUGAAGUCGUCCCCACGCCUCCCACCUCCUCCGCCUCUCCCGCAGCGACAGAAGGGGACGGAGAUGAUGGCGGCCCCCCGGGGAGAGGCGCCGACCGGGCGGCGGGAGGCCUGCUGGCUCAGAAGGAUCGUCUCCUCUCCCAGACAGCGGGGGGGGCCCUCCCCUCCUCUCUGCCCCAGGACAUGCUGCCUCUCCUGGGCAGAGGUCUAACGGUGGGCUCCCUCCCCGGAGGUCGUUCCCUGGAGGAACAAGGUGGGGGCCUGCUGAAGAAAUUCAGAGCCCCAGCCCCAGUCCAAGCAAGCGAUGCACCCCUGCUUCUCCCCACAUACACCCUCUCUCCAACACCCAACCAGCCGGAGCCUCAGUCCGGCACGUACACGCUGCAGGCCUCAGACGAGGUCACCGCCGUGGCCAAGACGACCGUGGACCCAGAUAUAGAGGGGGACUUGGAGACAGAGACUCUGUCGCCGGCAGUGUCUGGGUGCAUGGUAAACUUCUCGGAUCCAGAGGGAUACAUAGACUCUUCGGAUGACCCCCCACUUCCAGAUGGAACCUUUCUGCAUUGUACCUACACAGUCACUGUCUACACAGGCUAUGGUGUGGAGCUGCAGGUAAAGAGUGUCAACCUAUCAGAGGGGGAGCAGCUGUCAAUCAGAGGGGUGGAUGAGAGCGGAUCCUUGCUAGUCUUAGCCAAUCAGACGCUGUUAGUUGAAGGUCAAGUGAUCCGCAGUCCCACCAAUACCAUCUCGGUGUACUACCGUUCGUCGCCAGAGGGGGGCAUGGGCAUGUUCCAGCUGCACUAUCAAAGUGAGUUGAACAUCAGUGACAGCGACAUGCUGACCAUUCUGGACGGCGACGAGGUCACCACUCGUAUUCUGGGCCAGUAUGUGGGAGGAGCCGGGCCCUUUAAGAUGUCAUCCACGACCCCUGACCUCACCGUGACCUUUCACUCGGACCCCGCAGGCCUGGUCUUUGGCAAGGGGGAAGGCUUCAUCAUCAACUACAUGGAGGUGUCCCGCAACGACUCGUGCCCCGACCUGCCCGAGAUCCAGAACGGCUGGAAGACCACGUCGCACGCUGCCCUGGUGCGCGGGGCUCGCAUCACCUACCAGUGCGACCCCGGGUACGACCUGGUGGGCAGGGAGACGCUGGCGUGCCAGCUCGACCUCUCCUGGAGCACGCAGCCCCCGUUCUGCGAGAAAAUAAUGUACUGCUCGGACCCCGGCCACGUGGAGCACUCGACCCGCUCCCUGUCCGACCCCAAACUCCUGGUGGGAACCACCAUUCAGUACAGCUGCGUUCCCGGCUACGUCCUGCAGGGCGGCGCCACCCUCACCUGCUACGGCAGGGAGCCGGGAACCCCCGUGUGGACGUCCAAGCUGCCCCACUGUGCUUCGGAGGACUCUGUCUCCUGUGAGAACCCCGGUCUCCCGGACAACGGGUACCAGAUUCUGUCCAAGCGGCUGUACCUGCCCGGCGAGUCCCUCACCUUCGUCUGUUACAAAGGUUACGAGCUCAUUGGCGAGGUCGCCAUCAAAUGCAUCACGGGAAACCCCUCCUACUGGAGCGGCCCACUGCCUCUCUGCAGCGCCACCCAUGACUGCUUUGGCAACCAUGCUCUGGAAGUUGCGGAGGUGGAGGCGGGCUCACGGCUGGAUGGGGGAAACAUGGCGCUGGCCAUCUUCAUCUUGGUGCUCCUGCUCUCCGUGCUGCUGGGAGGGGCCUACGUCUAUGUCACAAGGUGUCGCUAUCACUCCAACCUGAGGCUGCCGCUCAUUUACCCCCACCCCUACAGUCAGAUCACUGUGGAGACGGAGUUUGACAAUCCUCUCUACGAGACAGGAGGGCAGGACACUCGGGAAUACGAGGUGUCGAUAUGAGCGGCUCUCCCACGUCUACUGGCAUCCUCAGACCCAGCCUGUCCCUGAACACGACUCCACUCUCCCCUCCUCGUCAUCCCCUCCUCCAUCCCGCCCGCACCAGGAGGAAGCGAUGUAAAUAGAGACUGACUGAAGCCCCGCCCCUUCGCCCGUGACACAGUGACCUUGUCCUGUCCUCUGACCGCCUGGAGAACGCCCCGGAACAGCUCGAGGAGGUGAAGAGACGGCGAGGACGUGGAGACGGAGGAGAAGAGAACAUGGGUGGAGGAAAACUGUUGAAUCGAAACGAGAGAGAGAGGGAAAGGGGAUGUGAUGAGUUGCUUUAGGAUGUAGCUGCGGAGGAGAGAGGAAAGGGUGGGUCAAGGAAAUCCGGCCUGUGGGCUUUGGGAGAAAAAAAGACUUGUGACAGGUCGCGUCAAAUUACCCAUGUUUGUGCCAUUUAGUGAACAAAUACAGAUGAAUAAAGGUUAAGGUGAGGUCAGGAGAGGACAGGGAUGGAGAUGGGUGGAUAUAAUCAAAUGUAACUUGCACUGGGAGACGACUACUAUCCGAUUGUUGGUAUGAAUGGGCGCUCCCAAUGAGAAAUUGCUCUAAGACACAGAUCUUACGGUCUGUCAAGUUCAAGUGUUUUUCCAGCCAAACGCAGCCCACGCUCUCCCAAUCCCAAAACAGUAGAGAUAGCAACUAACCUCGGAGCAAAAGCUAUGCCUCAGUGACUUAAUUCGACUCGGCGUACAUCUGAAACGGAAUGUGAGGAGUCUGGCUCGUCCUGUUUGUGCCCCUCAUCCACCUGCCUGUAGGUUUUGUACUGGCCUUUUGUAGUGUUGGUUUUACUGUAGUUUUAAAGGGUACUCAAACCAAUGGCUUGGCUUCUGCGCCCCUGGCCGCAGCACUUCCCGUUUCCCUGGAUGGAUUAGCGAAUGAGGAAUGUAAACAAGGUCGGAACCACACUCUGAUUGGAUGGGGGGAAAUAGCUGCAGGGCUGCAGACCUUGCUAUCCUGAUUUGAAUAUGUAGCCGUAGUAACUGACCUUUCCAGUGCAAGCGUGACCAACCUACCAUAAAAACAGAGGAGACCAGAUGAUGUAUUUAUUUUAAUGUAUACAGUAUGUGAUGUUUUAUGCAGAUUGAUUAAUGUACAUUUUCAUUUUGAGAAAAAAAAAAAUCUGUGUUACUGAUUUCCCUAAAUAAAUGGUAAAAACUAAAAUAAAAAAAAGUAUAAUAGACUUUUAAA